AUGAGCACUACUUCAUUGCAAAAAUCACGAAAACGAACCAGUUUGAGUGGUCUAAAAGCCGUCUUCAAGAGAAACCCAAGCAAUCAGGGAAAAGCUGUCAAGAAGCAGCCGGUACAAGAGAAAUCUUUUCUUUGGCGUCCCUGGGGGAAACGGUAUGCAAAGCAGGCUCCAAUCAAUCAAAAAAAGCUACGUGCAUUGUAUAACGUAGACAUAUCGGUCGCUGUUGCAAUUGUGAUAUGUUUUGGCCUGGCAGUAAUGCUGCUCAUCGUUAAAGAGAUAGGAUUGACUGCACGCCACUGUGUCAAAUGGGAUAUGUGGACGAUUCUGGCUACGGGACAGCGCAAUUCUGUCGUCAGAAUUGUGCAGCGAGUUGCAUAUAAACUCUGGGAAGGCAGUCUUACAUUAUUCUGA